UCCCGGCGCGGGGGGGCCCGGCCCGGUAGCAGCUGGUGCCGCGGCACGUGACUGGAGCGGCCCGGGCUCCCCAGCGGCGCCGGAGCCAGAGUGAAGAGCGAGGAGUUUGCCAUGGCGGCUGCAGCGCACCUCCUCGCCUGGAGCCUGGUCCUGGUGCCGGCGCUGCUCCCCGUCUCGCCCCUGCCCCAGCCCUUCAGCAGCGAGCGCCGCACCAGGCCGCAGGCUGCCGGAGCCUCCCUGGGCCCCGGCUGGGCACAGGAGCUGGCUGGGUGGCCCUCUCUGGGCAGCCCCUCCCAAGAGGCUCUCUGGACCCUCCAGGCUCUGCCAGCCCUCUCCCCAUUGGUGCUGGCUGCCCCUGGGGGGAGCCUGGUCUUCAGUGGGGCUGGGGAGCCAGACGAUGAGCUGUCGCAAGGCUCCAGCCCUGGCCACUCUGCAGCCACCAGCCACGACUCGGGGACCCCCCCUGCCCCAGCAGAAAGCUCUGUUCUCCCACCCCCUGCGUGGCCCCUGCUCCUGGGGGCUGAGGACUCUUGGCAGACGCUGGAGGUGCCCCCGGCUCUGGGACCUGCUGGCACUGAGGGGGCUGGGGGCCCUGGCCCAGCCACUGCCACGUUCCAGGGACACACUGGGCUUGGCUCGGGGAGCUGGCCCCUCACACCCGCACCUGGCUCCGGGGCUCUGCUGUCCCCUGGUUGGGCUCUGAGAACCGGAGGCAGCCCGGGAGCCUUGGCUUUCGAAAGCAGAGAACUGCCCUCAGGCUCGGAGCCCAGGAGCCAGCAGCCAGCUUCCCCCAGCCCGGCCAGGCCUCCCGGGGCAGGGAGCGGCCCAGGCCCUGCUGGGCAGGACAGUCCGGGCACACCCGGGCCAAUGGUGUCCACCAUUGCCUUGGCGGCCAGGCCGGGCUCCGCGGCAGGAGCCAGCAGUGCCGAGUGGCGGCAGGUGGCAGACGCGGGCCCUGGGGGAGCGGGUCAGGAGGGCCGGCCUGUGAGCUGGGCUCCAGGGAAGGGGCAUCCUGUGCCUAGGGCCAGUGUCCCCCGGGAGCCCUGGGAACCGCUGGAGCAUGCCUGGGGAAAGGGCCAGGCUUCCUACACCCAGGGUUACUCCCUCUCUCAGCGCAGGGGCAGCACCCUCCCUCCCUGGGGCGAUGCCCAGGGGCUGCCCCCGCACCCCACAGGCAGGGACGGCCAGCCUCAGCCAGAGGGGCGGUGGGUCCCUGGAGCCAGCCUGGCUGCCAUGCCCGCUGCUACCUCCCAGCUGCAGCAGACGGCUGGAGCAGGGGGCUCCGUGGCCGGUAGGUGGCCUGGUCUUGCUCCCGCUGUGCUCAGCGCUGGCCGACUGGAGCUUGGGGACGGGGCCUGGGAGCUCCCACCAGGCCUGGCUCCAGUGCAGGGCCGCCUGACAGAGCCGGCUCCUCUGGCACAAGGGAGCCCCACCUGGAGGCUCACCCCAGCCCGGGCAGAGGGGGCCAUGCUGGAAACCAGAGCCCCGGCCUGGACAGAGGGGCUCUCGGCUCAUCAGAGAAGCACUCGGCGGGCACUGCCCGGAUCCGCGACCCAGCCACCGCACCUCCCCGGGAAAGCUGCUCCUGGUGCAGAACAGGGACUGGAGCACCCCCGCGCCGGGCCCGCCCUCUACGCCAGCCUGGGAACGUCGCCUGCCCCAACGUCUCCUCGCCCAGGGGCUGCAGCAGAGGAGGAGAUUGGGGCCCCGCAGCGAGUCCGGGGAGCUGUGGACCCAAGGGCCCCCGUGAACAGCACCUCCACGGCCACCUCUGCCCCCAGCCUGCUGCCUCCGGGGACCACGCACUCAGAUGGGACCCGACCUCCUGGCCAUGGCAGCACCACGGCCCCUGUGCCCACCUCACCCCAGCCCCCAGCCACUCCCCGGCGGGGCCUUAUCAGAGUCACCACCCAGCGAGCUCUCCAGCGCCCCCCUCCGCCCGAGCCUGGGCCCAGCCUGCCCGGCCUAGCGCCUGCCUCCAGCCCGCCCUGUCCCCAGGCCAGCGGGGCCUGCAGCCUCCUGCCGCGCAACCAGACGCUGCUGCGCUGGGCCGACCUGCAGCACACGCUCGGCUUCGCCUGGGAGCUGCACCUCUAUGGCACCGGCUCCCUCUUCCUGCUGCUCAGCCUGGCCUGCCUGGCCAGCCUCGUCGGCUCGCCCGUCCUGGGCCUGCCCCACCUGCCCUACACCCUGGGCGCCAAUGCCCUGCUGCUGGCCGUCGGCCUGCUCCGCGCCACCUUCCUCCUCGCCGACCCCUACGGCGCCAGGGCCCGGCUGCCCGCCCCGGCCGUGCGGCUGCUCUACAGCGCGCCCGUCCCGCUGCUGCUCGGCGCCUUCGCCCUGCUGCUGCCCCCCCGGCAGAGCCUGCCCCUGCUGGCCGCGCUGGCCGCGCUCCAGAGCGCCGGGCUGCUGGGCGCCGACCUGCUCUCGCCCCUGCUGAGCCCCGCCCUGGGCGUGGGGCUGCGCCUGCUCUCCUGCGCCCUCGGCGCCUCCCUCCUGCUGGCCAGCCUGGCUGCGUCUUGGCGGCUGCGGCCGCUCCGGCCGGCCGCGGCCCAGCGGGUGUCGUGUGGCUGUGAGGACCCCCAGGAGCUGCCUGGGCAGGGGGGAGCCCUCCAGGGGCUAGGCCCCUGCCCGCGGGUGCUGCUGGGGUGCAGUGCUCUGGGGCUGCUGUGCUGCGGGUUCCAGGUGUACGGGGCCCUGUGGCUGGGGGGGGCGCUGGGCCCGCCGGGGGAGUUCUCCUGGCCCUGGUGGCUCGUGCAGGUCUGGUUCCGGCUCUGCGAGCUGCUGCUGGCCUUUGCCCUGUGCUUCGUGGCCUCGCCCCCCUUCUGCCAGCCCUGCGGCUCCGCUGACCACGCCUGCUGGGCCAAGCUCCUCCGCUACGUCUGCCCCUACCGCAAGGCCGAGGCGCCCGAGUACCCCAACAACUGCUACGACUGGGCCCACGGCACGCAGGAGCGGGCGGCCGCCGCCGACAUCCGCGAGAGCCUGAUCCGCAACCCGCCCGAGCAGGUGCCCCUGCGGGUGCUGAAGGACAGCAACGAGGCCAGGGCGGCGGGGGCCUUCUCGGCUGGGGGCUCCCCCGCCUCGCUGUGCCGGCCUGGCGUCAGCCCCGCGCGCGUGGGGCACUCCUACACCAGCGCCUGCUUCGAGAGGGAGUCGGUGCUGUCGCUGGGGGCGCUGGAGUUCCGCCCGCCCUCGCCCAUCAACCUGAGCCGCAGCAUCGACGAGGCCCUCUUCAAGGAGCACCUGGUGUGCGACAGCCUCUUCCUGCGCUCCGGCCUGCAGUGCCCCGGGCGCCUGGCGCGCCGGGACUCCUGCUCCUCGCUGCGCAGCGGCUCCGCCCUGCCGCCCCUGGCCGAGCCGCGGCUGCCCCCCAAGGCCUGGCAGCGCCGCAGCUCGCUCAGCGACCUGCCCUCCCAGAGCGCCAGCCUGCCCCCGAGCCAGGGCAUGCCCAGCGGGCCCCCCACCGAGGGCGCCAUCUCAGGCAGCUCCCUCGACAGCUUCUCCAGGGGCUCCCUGAAGAUCAGCUGGAACCCCUGGCGGCAUGGCCUCUCCUCGCUGGAGAGCUUGCCCCUGGAGGAGACGCCCAGCCGGGCCCCGCUGCUCCCCGAGGAGGCCCCUGGGCCCGGCACCGCAGGAGGGGCCGGAGACUCUGCGUGCGAAGCCAGGGGGAGCUUCCUGGCGCUCAGCAAGCAGCUGGAUUCCCGCAGCCUGUCGAGUGACACCAUUGAGCUGUGAGGGGCCGGGCCAGGGCAGCGGCUGGAGCCCUGCCAGGGGGCAAUGCCAGGGGGAGCCCACGACAGGCAGGCCCCCGCACGGCCCUGCCUAGUGCCAACCCCCAGCCCGUCAGUGAUUUUUAUGUAGCUCUAGUUUCCCAGCUCAGAUUUUGCACCUUGUUCCGGGCUGCACGGGGGGGCUGGGCCAGCCCAGGACGAACCAACGCAGCGGGGGCAGGACACGCUGCAGAGCCAGGCCCGGGGGCAGCACUGGCUCUGGCUGAGCGAGGGCCUGGGCCAAGGCCAGGGAGGAGCCUCCCGCCGAGCGGGCCCGGAGGUGCGGGGGAGCAUCGCGCCAGGGCUGCUGCAGCAUGAGGGGGGCAGGUGGCCUUAGCCCUGCUGUGGCCAUGGGUCCCCCUUGGCUGAGCCCCCACUAGGCCAGACCCUAGGGAGCGGCUCUGGGGUGAGGCUGCCCCAUGGACCAGCACUGCAGCAGGAGCCACCAGCCCUGACCCUAAGGAGGCAGCCCCCGCCGGGCCCUCUCGGUGCAUGCCAAAGGGGGGGUCUGACCACUGCGGGAGGAGGGGGCUGUUGCUGUGGGUCUGUUUGUGCCAAAGAAAGAAAUAAACAUCCUCACAGGCCCCCCGCAGUGCUGGAGCGAUUCUUCCCAGGAGCAGGGCCAGCGGCUCCGGGCUAGGGGUAGCCUGUGCCCUACCCCAGGGCCAGGGGCCAAACGCCUUGGGGCAGGGGCGCCCCAUGGGCUGUAACCUGCAAUGGGCCAUGGGGUUGUGGGGUGGGGAGGACAAGCCCUGCCAGUGCCUGGAGAGAUGAAGGAAAUGACCUGCACUAUGGCCCAAGCCAGGGGGGCCUGAGGCCUGGCUUGUAAUCCCCCCCUCGCAAGCCCAAGCCCCCAUUCCCCCUGUUGCACAAGCCGUUUCCCCCAGGGUGCAGCAGGGAGCGAGCGUCUCCAGGCCUGGGGCCACGGUGGGGAGUCUGGUACUGGGGCAUCCCCUGCUGCCCUGAAGCUGGUGGGGGGCAGUUGCCCAGGGCCCCAUGGCUCUUCUGUCACCUGGACCCAGCACACACAGGGCUUGAACCCUCAGCUGGCCAGGCUAGUGCAUAAUCCACCCCCAGGAGCUCCCAGACACAUGGGGGCCCUGGCUGCACACAAGCCCCCCCAGUUGCUGGCACCCAGCAGGAGGCAGACUCCUAACCCCCCCCCCCCCCCCCCCAACCAGGGCUGCCAAGGCACUGA